AUUCAAUGUCAUUCAAUCAGACGAACAAAGUGAGGUUAUAAUUUCGCAAUCGCUCCCGAGAUGUUAUGUAGUAAAUUAAAACAAAUUGUAUUACCACAACAGGCCUUAAACAACAACGUACAGUUUCGCUACUUCGUAACGUCUCGAUAUCUGUUCAAGCAAUGGAUCUGGUACGAUGGGCUUUUGGCGAAUUUAGGUAAAAAAGAAGUUGGUAGAAUGUCUGCUUUGAGGUUUAUUUUGAGGGACUUUCGUGUGUGGAGUGCUUGGACAAGAUGUAAUAUAGUGAGUACGGUGGUUAAAAGGUGUAGAAGAGACCGCAGUGUAAGGGAAGUGAUACAAAGAUUUAAACAAACUUUCUUUCGACCGAGAAGAACUCUGCUUAUAUCCGCGACUGCAGCCUACAAGGCUCGCGAUGGAGACAACGACGAUGAUACCCCAGUCAGCUGCGACAAAAAUAUUACAGACGAGGAAUUACAGGCUUUAUUAUCAGAACUGGAAGGAGUGGAGACGCUAUCGAGGAACACAUUGUUCUGCACCGGCUGCGGCAAGAGACUAGUUAUUGAGAAGAAGCAGCCGGGAGUACCGUACUGCUCAUGCAAAGUAUCAGCGUUACCAGCGGAGUCACCAGACGGUUGGGUGCCAUACAUGGAGGCGGAGGACGUCAUCAUUUGGAGGAAAGAGUACAAACCUGGCAUGGGACUGUAUGCGUAUAAAGUAUACGGAAGGUAUCUAGACGUGAGAGCGUCAGAUUUCGCGGCCGUACAAGUGGACGGUGCGUACAGGACUGUGUGGGACGCGGCCGUCGCUGCUUUAGCGGUCGUGGAGCGCAAGGCCAAUGGACUGGCAGACCAGGCCGUGUUGCAUUGGGAGGUUCUAUGGCCGAGAUUAUUCGCAAACAGAGACUACGUAUAUAUAAGAAGGCACAAAGAAUUCGACGUCUCAACAGAAAAUCUCCCGCACAAAGACGGGCUAUUUCGGGCGUCACAACGCUCUACUCGAAAUGAGACAGUCUACACGGAAAGACCGAGCGUGCACUCUAAAGCGAAACGGAAAGCUAUGGAAGCGUGCAAGAGGGAAAGAGAUGGAGAUAUGUGUGAGAAUAAGGUGUAUGUCAUUAUGUCAAGGUCCUGUGAACACCCCAAAGUGCCGGAGUCCAAACAUGCUAUUAGAGUAUCAGAGUACUGGAGCCAUAUGGUCGUUAAAACAUUGAACGGGCCCGAUAAGGCGGGUAUGGAAUUCGUGCUAACAUACUACGACGAGCCGGCAGUGGGUGGCAUGCCAACGACGGUGGCUGCCUGGGCCACUGGACGAGCGGCCCCGGCGUAUCUACAACGCAUGCGACGAGCUGCCUGUGAUUACAGAGCUUGGAGACGGGACAAACAACAAGAGGAUCUACCAGAGUUCAUACCAUUUGCCAAAGACUCAGAGCCAUGCGAAGAAGAUUCAUCAGGCAUCGUCAACGAGGAAGAUAUGGAGUCAUCCCAAACGGGUCCCGAGUUGGAAAGAUCAGAGUGUACAAGAGAUCAGAGCACACAGACGGAUGUAGUGGCAACGUUACCACACCAGCCUGAAGUCAAGGUCACGCAGCUGUCUGGGAAGGGCAAAGAAAACGUCGAUACUGACCUUAAAGAUGUGUUAAAUGAUACACAACCCCUAACCUCAGAGCCGGAGACCCCUAAAGAAGAGGAGGAACCUAAAACCGGUGGGUGGUGGCGAUACUUAUAUCCGUUCUAUUACUUUGUUUAGAAUCAUAAGUACACGGUAAUACAUCAAACUAUACAAACCGUUAUAUCUUGGUCUCGCAUUGUACGAUCAUUUCAUACAUUGAACGGUCAGCUUGUACUGGUUCGUCAUACCUUAGUCAUAGUCAAAAACCAGGUUACUUUGGUCCCGCAUCGUAUGAUUCUUCAGCACAUUGAUCGGCCAGCUUAUACUGGUCUUCAUACAUGGCGACCGUAACCAUUUUACCAUGGUCCCGAUUUAUAUCGUCUUUAAGCUCACAGAGCGAUCACUUUAUACUGGUUUAGCAUAUUUUGGCGUGUAAUCGUGUUCAUAAAACGAUGUAAGAGACUAUAGAGUACUAGGUCACCGUCAAUUUUGCUGAUUGUACUUUUUUGUGGCGAUAGAAAUCGGGCGUGUUGUACUACUAGUGUGGGCGUGUGUUAGUGACUCGAAACUAGUAGAGAUUUUCUCAAUAUGCUCACGUGAGUAACCCGCGAUUUUUGGUUAAGCUUUUUAAUUAUGGUAUAAUAUUCAAAUCGGUCCAUUAGAUUACAAGAAACUCUGGAAUAGACUGAAAUACUCAAACACAUUUCAAGUCGCGCUUAACUUAUUAAUCCGACGUGAAGCAACGCUUGCGUUGUGUUUCGUCGUGUGAGUGAGGUUACCGGAGGCCCAAUUACCCUAGUACC